GCAAGGAAGCAGGAGGGAGGAGAGUACAGACCGGCAAAGAGCUGUAGCACAGACGCCUCUAUCUACUAAACAACCAUACAAGAUGAUGGAGAAAACUUCACUCAGUUUAUGGAUUUAUUGUCUUCUCCUAACAGAUGUUGUACUAGGCUCGUCUAACAUCUGUACUUCUCGAGGAGCCAGCACAUGUCAGCAGUGCCUGGCUGUGCAUCCUACCUGUGCCUGGUGCUUUGAAGAGGGUUUUGGACACAAUGUCUCUGGUUCAUCCCGAUGUGACUUAAAGAGGAAUCUUAUUGAAGCAGGAUGUGGUAAAAGAGCACUGGAGAAUCCCACCAGCAAAACAUCUGUGAUAGAGGACAAACCUUUAAGUGACAAGGCCUCGGGAUCCACCACAGACGUCACACAGAUCAAACCACAGCGCAUGCACAUCACCCUUAGACCUGAUGAUUCCCAAGUGUUUAAACUAAAAGUCCGGCAAGUUGAAGACUACCCUGUGGAUCUGUAUUAUCUUAUGGACCUGUCAUACUCCAUGAACGAUGACUUGUCUCAAUUACGGAGGCUGGGACGGGGCUUGGCUGAGGAGAUGAGUAAAACCACCAGUAAUCUGCGUAUGGGCUUCGGAGCUUUCGUGGAUAAACCGGUGUCUCCGUACAUGUACAUCUCCCCUCGGGAGGCUGUGUUAAAUCCCUGCUACUCAAUCCCAUAUAAAUGCCAGCCUCAGUUUGGCUACAGACACGUUCUGUCUCUGACAGAGGAGGUGAACCGCUUUACAGAGGAGGUGAAGAAGCAGAAGGUGUCUCGAAACAGAGAUGCUCCGGAGGGAGGCUUUGACGCCAUCAUACAGGCAGCUGUGUGCAAGGAAAAAAUUGGUUGGAGGCCAGAUGCGUCUCAUUUGCUGGUUUUCACCACAGAUGCCAAGACACACGUCGCACUGGAUGGGCGCCUGGCUGGCAUUGUGCGACCCAAUGAUGGUCAAUGCUAUGUGGGCACAGACAACGUCUACAAUAUGUCAACAACUAUGGACUAUCCAUCCCUGGCAUUAAUCACAGAGAAAAUGUCUGAGAACAACAUAAAUCUGAUUUUUGCCGUGACCAGGCAUGUAGAAUCACUAUAUAAGAACUACAGUGAACUGAUUCCUGGUACUGCAGUGGGGACUCUUUCUGAAGACUCACAUAACGUGAUCCAGUUAAUCCAGGACGCAUAUGCUAAACUUCGCUCUAAGGUUGAGCUGGAACUCUUGAAUGUCCCUGAAGAGCUAAGUCUGACAUUUAAUGCAACGUGCCUUAAUGGAGAGGUCAUCCCAGGCAUGAGAUCUUGCUCUGGCCUUAAAAGAGGAGAUACAGUGUCGUUUACAGUAGAGGCUCGAGCCAGGGGCUGUCCUAAGGAGAAACGCAAGACUUUCACCAUCAAACCUGUGGGCUUUAAAGACACCCUGCAGAUCACAGUCAACUUCGAGUGCGAGUGUAAGUGCCAAGCGAAGGCCGUCCCCGACAGUCCCGUCUGUCACCAUGGCAAUGGCACCUACGAGUGUGGAAUAUGCCUGUGUAACCCGGGACGACUGGGUCCCAGGUGUGAGUGUGCGGAGGGAGACUACAGUCCCACAGAACAAGACACCUGCACCGGACCGGACAAAGUGAUAUGUAGUGGCCGGGGCGACUGCGUGUGUGGACAGUGCGUGUGCCACAAUAAUGAUUUCGGGAAGGUGUGGGGGAAGAGAUGCGAAUGUGAUGAUUUCAGCUGCCUGCGGUACAAAGGAGAGCUCUGCUCAGGACAUGGAACGUGUUCGUGUGGGUUUUGCCAGUGUGAUCCAGACUGGAAGGGGGAAAACUGUAACUGCUCUACUCGUACAGACACCUGUAUGUCCAGCUUGGGUCUGCUGUGCAGUGGGCGUGGCCAAUGUGUGUGUGGAAGCUGUGAGUGCACUCAACCUGGUGCCUAUGGCUCUACAUGCGACAAAUGCCCAACUUGCCCUGAUGCCUGCACCUUGAAGAAGGAUUGUGUAGAGUGUAAACACUUUAAGAGGGGCAAGCUAUUCGAUGAUGAGACGUGCAGUCGAAUCUGCAGAGAUGAAAUCAGUCUGGUGGAUGAUCUGGUGUUUCAUGAUAAGAAUGCAGUCAAUUGCACUUACAAAGAUGAAGACGAUUGCGUGCAAAGGUUUCAGUAUUAUGAAGACAACAGUGGCAAAUCCAUCUUGUCUCUGGUUAAAGAACCAGAUUGUCCUAAAGGCCCUGAUAUUUUGGUGGUGCUGCUGUCAGUAGCAGGUGCCAUCUUAUUCUUGGGUCUGGCUGCACUGCUGAUCUGGAAACUUCUCAUCACUAUCCAUGAUCGCCGUGAAUUUGCAAAGUUCGAGGAGGAACGGGCGCGUGCCAAAUGGGAAACGGGCCACAACCCUCUCUACAAAGGCGCAACAUCAACAUUCACCAACAUCACGUAUCGAGGCAAGGACUGACCACAGUGACGGUGGAUGAUCUUCUGACAGAUCUGACAGAAAAUGUCAAUCUUUACCAAGUCCCUCCCAGCAUUCCUUAAAAAUUUCAGGAUCAUGCAAAAGCGUUGUACAUUUUAUAAAUGUAAAUAUGUACAGUCCGAAAUGACUAGGUUUUUCAGACUUAUACUAUCUUUUUGUGAAAGUCUAAUUUUUGUCACUGGAUAAAGGAUUAUCUCUAUAUCACUGCAGCAGCACACACCAAACCAUUUCCUCUCACUUCUACUCUUGAGCUCUGUGCUGUGGCAGAUAUGAAUGCGAACAGCCCGAGCAAUCGUUGCAACUACUGAUGGCUUGUGAUAACACUGUAUAACUCUUCAAAUGAAUGACAUCAUGUUCAUAUUUCCCUAUAUAUAUAUAUAUAUAUAUAUAUAUAUAUAUAUAUAUAUAUAUAUA